AUGCAUUCUCUUGCUAUUGUCUCUGCCUUCUUUGCCAUGGCAUCUGCCCAUGGAGUCGUUCUCUCUGUUGAGGGAGCCAACGGAGUCACCAUGCCUGGUCUCAGCAUUGCUGAUGGAACGCCUCGUGAUUGCUCGAGCAACCGAUGCGGUUCGCAAGCCGACACCUCCAUUAUUCGUGAUCGUGAGAUCCGCAGUGGAAAGGCCAGCGCUCUGGGCAGGACCCAGGGUAACGGCCCUGUUGACCCCGCCGUCAUGAUCUCUAGCUUCUUGGGCAGCGGAAACGCUAAUAAUGUUCCUACCAACAACGGCACUGAGAGUGCUGCUGGUGUUGAGGAUGACUUGUCCAACCUGCCUAAGGGUAACAACCAGGGCAACAACAACAACAACAACAACAACAACAACAACAACAACAACAACAACAACAACAACAACAACAACAACAACAACAACAACAACAACAACAACAACAACAACAACAACAACAACAACAACAACAACAACAACAACAACAACAACAACAACAACAACAACAACAACAACAACAACAACAACAACAACAACAACAACAACAACAACAACAACAACAACAACAACAACAACAACAACAACAACAACAACAACAACAACAACAACAACAACAACAACAACAACAACAACAACAACAACAACAACAACAACAACAACAACAACAACAACAACAACAACAACAACAACAACAACAACAACAACAACAACAACAACAACAACAACAACAACAACAACAACAACAACAACAACAACAACAACAACAACAACAACAACAACAACAACAACAACAACAACAACAACAACAACAACAACAACAACAACAACAACAACAACAACAACAACAACAACAACAACAACAACAACAACAACAACAACAACAACAACAACAACAACAACAACCGCAGGCGCCAGCUGGGUAACCUCUUGGGCGGACUCUUCGGUGGUGGCCGUGGAGGUGGUGGUGAGAAGACCGAGACUGCUGAGGAGACCAGCGUUGCUGCUUCUGCUGGAGAGGGAGCUACCAAGGGCUUACCUACAGCCUCUGAUAACGGCGAGGUCACCAUGACCUACAGACAGAUCAACCAAGACGGCGCCGGUCCAAUGACAGCUGAAAUCGACGCUACUUCCGGCGGCAGCGACCCCGAUGCCUUCCAAACCGCAGAGGUGACCCAAGAUGUUCCUGGAAUCGGCAUCCAGGGUCUCUCCCUCGCCACCAACACCGACUUCCCCCUCAAGGUCCAGAUGCCCCAGGGUAUGACCUGCGAAGGAUCCGUCGGAGGCGCCAACAACGUCUGCAUCGUUCGUGUCCGUAACGGUGCUGCUGCUGGUCCUUUUGGUGGCUCUGGUGCUUUCACCCAGUCUGCUACUGCUAGAAAGCGUGCUAUUGCUUUCCGUCUUAAGAAGCGCAUGGAGAUUGUUCGCUUCUAA